UAAACCAAACUACAUAGUUUCUAUCUCUGCAUUCCAAAUUCUCUUCCUGGUCAAUAUUUGAAGCUUAAAAGCAAUGGAGGAAACGCCUAAGCUCCUCCAUGGAACAAUUGAAGCUACCAUCUUUCAUGCCUCACCUCACUCACCUUUAUUUCCCUUCAAUCGCUUUAAAUUUUUUCAGUGCAUAUGUACAAAUGGAAAGGCUGCUUAUGUGACUAUUAAGAUAGACAACCACAAGGUUGCAAAAACCAGCCAAGAAAGCAACCGUGUAUGGAACCAAACCUUUCAGAUUCAGUGUGCUCAUCCAGCUGAUUCAUCUAUCACCAUUACACUGAAAACAUCAUGUUCUUCCAUAUUGGGAAAAUUCCACAUCCAAGCUCAGCAGCUAUUGAAGAAAGGAGGCUUGAUUAAUGGACUCUUCCCUCUCCUCAUUGAAAAUGGAAAGCCAAACUCAAAACUAAAGUUAAAGUUUCUAUUAUGGUUCAAGCCAGCAGAAUUGGAACUAAGUUGGUCAAAGGUGUUAAGCAAUGGUCAAUUUCAAGGGCUGAGGGAUGUUACAUUCCCACAAAGGUCCAAUUGUCAUGUUAAACUUUAUCAUGAUGCUCACCAUUCUUCUGCUUUCCUACCUCCCUUUGAUCUAUUUGGAGCUCCAAAAAAGCUAUGGGAGGAUGUCUAUAAAGCCAUUGAGGGUGCAAAGUAUAUAGUUUAUAUUGCAGGCUGGUCCUUUAAUCCCAAGAUGGUUCUGGUUAGAGAUCCUCACACAGAAAUCCCACAUGCCAGAGGAAUAAAGUUGGGUGACCUAUUGAAGAAGAAGGCAGAGGAAGGAGUGGCUGUGAGGGUUAUGCUAUGGGAUGAUGAAACGUCUUUGCCCUUUAUUAAGAACAAAGGUGAAAUGAACACACAUGAUGAGGAGGCUUUUGCUUAUUUUAACCACACAAAAGUAAUAUGCAGGAAGUGUCCAAGAUUACACCCUAAGUUUCCCACACUCUUUGCUCACCAUCAAAAGACUAUAACAGUGGACACAAAAGCACUCACAUCCGUUGGUGACAGAGAACUUAUGAGCUUUGUUGGAGGGUUAGAUUUGUAUGAUGGAAGAUAUGACACGGAACAACAUUCAUUGUUUCAAACACUCAUUAGGGAAUCUCAUUGUUAUGAUUUCUACCAAACUAACAUUGAACGAGCUAGCCUAAACAAAGGAGGGCCAAGAAUGCCUUGGCAUGAUGCUCAUGCUUGUGUUACUGGUGAAGCUGCUUGGGAUGUGCUAACCAAUUUUGAGCAAAGAUGGACAAAGCAGUGUGAUCCUUCUUUUCUAGUUCCUUCAAGCACCUUAGAAAAUCUUAUGCCCCGGGAAAGCACAAGCACUCUUAGAGAGAGGAAUUGGAAAGUUCAAGUAUAUAGGUCAAUUGACCACGUUUCAGUUGGUGAGUUGUUUACAAAGUUAACUGUGGAGAGGAGCAUUCAUGAAGCUUAUGUUGAAGCAAUUAGGAGAGCUGAAAGGUUUAUUUACAUUGAAAACCAAUACUUCAUUGGGGGGUGCCACUGGUGGAAGAAGGAUAGGCAUUGUGGUUGCAAUAAUCUAGUUCCUAUUGAAAUUGCACUCAAGGUGGUAAGUAAGAUUAAAGCAAAGGAGAGGUUUGCUGUGUACAUAGUCAUACCAAUGUGGCCAGAAGGAGAGCCUGAAAGUGAACCUGUUCAAGAUAUACUGCAUUGGACUAGAGAAACAAUAUCAAUGAUGUAUAGGUUGAUUGGAGAAGCAAUAGAAGAAAGUGGAGAACCAGAACACCCAAGAGAUUACUUGAAUUUCUUUUGCCUUGCAAAUAGGGAGCAGAAGGGACCAGGGGAGUAUCUUCCACCAGAUUCCCCCCAUCCUGAAACUCAAUAUUGGAAUGCACAAAAGAAUAGGAGAUUCAUGGUUUAUGUUCACUCCAAGCUCAUGAUAGUGGACGACCUAUACAUAUUAAUUGGAUCAGCAAAUAUGAACCAAAGAUCCAUGGACGGGCAAAGAGACACUGAGAUUGCCAUAGGAUGCUACCAAUAUGAAGAUGUAGCUGAUAACCAAAUGAACCUUGGUGAUAUUCAUGCAUAUAGAAUGUCUCUAUGGUAUGAGCACACUGUUAGUGAUGAUGAAUUGUUCUUAGAGCCAGAAAGUUUGGAGUGUGUGAAGAGAAUGUGCUCAAUAGGAGAUCAAAUGUGGGAAAUCUAUAGCAAUGAAGAAAUUGUGGACAUGGAAGGCGUGCACCUUGUAACAUACCCUAUGAGAGUAACACAAGAAGGGUAUGUGAAGGACUCGAGUGAUGGAGUUCAUUUUCCUGAUACAAAUUCUCUAGUGAAAGGAAAGAGGUCUAAAAUAUUGCCUCCUAUCUUUACCACAUAGACCUACGGUUGAGUAUGAACACACAAACACUAGUGUUCUAAUAAAUAUGGAAGCAGAGAAAAUAAAAGCACUU